AGGAAGGAGCUGAGGCAGAAGACAUGUGGGAAUCUCUAGGGCCGUGUCCCACUUUGAGCUGGGUGCCCAGUCCCUCCUCUCGGAGGCCUGGUCACAGAGCCCAGAGCACCAACCUCGCCCAGUGAGACCUGUGAGGCUCUGGCGUGGGUCAGGGUGGUCCCGAGAAGCCCAAGGUCCCCCAGGGGCCUAUGGCAGCGAGGUUCUGGGUUGGGUGUUACAGGCAGGAAGCGGAAGCGUCGGGUCAAGUAACCCCUAGCUGCAGUUGAGCGCGAGAGCACAUUUCUCACUCUGCACAACCAGAGCUGGAGGUGGGCGCCCGGCGCUGAGAGGCCCGCAGACUGAUGGACCUGCCCUGUGCCCUAGGGCUUGGGACACUGCUGGCCCUGCCGGGGGUCCUGGGCUCAGGUGGCAGUACCAAGGACAGUGCGGGCUCCAGCUCUGUCACUGUCGUCCUGCUGCUGCUGCUGCUCCUCCUGCUGGUCACAGGCCUGGCCCUGGCCUGGUGCCGCCUCAGCCGCGACUCGGGGGGCUACUAUCACCCAGCGCGCCUGGGCGCCGCACUCUGGGGCCGUACCCGCCGCUUGCUCUGGGCCAGCCCUCCGGGCCGCUGGCUUCGGGCCCGGGCUGAGCCAGGGUCACCGGAUGAGGACCCCGAGUGGCAGAAUGAGCAGGACGUAGAAAACAACUAUAGCCUGGAUGGGGACCGGGACGAGGCGGAGCCCCAGGGAGAGGAGCAGCAGUGUGGAGAGCAGCCCCGCCCACGGCAGGGCCCAGAACCCGGGCAGGAAGCACACGACGGCGACGCCGAAGCGGGCCUGGGCCUCAGCUCCCAGGGGCCAGAGGGCUCGGCAGGCAGUGCUGAGGCCCUGCUCAGCGACCUGCACGCCUUUGCCGGCAGCGCGGCCUGGGACGACAGUGCUACGACAGCCGGGGGCCAGGGCCUGCACGUCACUGCGCUGUAGGGCCAGCCCUGGGCCCCGCUCCCGUCACCGUGCCUCCGCUUCCCCAGCCGCCGUGACUGGACGCAGCCUGCCCUGGACCCACUGUCACCCACAUCCCCACACGGAGAACUUCAGACUGUCACUCUGCUCCCCCCAGUGCUGUCCCCAAAGCUGUACAUCCCCACUCCCUCCAGGAAGGACCACCCAUUCCCAGGGGCAUUGGGCAGCCCUCUCAAAUAAAACCCCUCCAGCCCCGUG